UUACUAGCGAGUGGCGACCUUAAACCCCUAAAAAUGUCAUCUUUAACUCGCUUCAUCCACCGCACCUUCUCCACAACGCCAACGCCACAGACGGACAACGUUCGAAAAGCCGCUGCUGAACUCUACAAAGAACGAGACCUCAAGCGUCUCGUUGAAAAAUUCAAAAAAUCCUGUGAGUACAGUCGCUUCCGCGCACGAAGCGGCAUCUAUGAAAAUAUUGUUCGCCGCCUUGCUUCAGCUGGACGCUUCCAAUGGAUCGAAGAAAUCCUCGAAGAUCAAAAGAAAUACCAAGACAUUUCUAAAGAAGGCUUCGCAGCUAGAUUAAUCCGUCUGUAUGGGAGAUCAGGCAUGUUUGAGCAAGCUUACAAGGUGUUCGAUGAAAUGCCGAAUAGAGGGUUGUUGUCUUUCAAUGCUCUUAUGGGAGCUUGCGUGAAUGCCAAAAAGUUUGAUAAGGUUGAUGUGUUUUUCAAGGAGUUGCCGGAGAAGUUGUCAAUUGAGCCGGAUUUGAUUUCUUAUAAUACGGUUAUUAAGGCUUUUUGUGAGAUGGGUACUUUGGAUUCUGCUAGAUUGAUGCUCGAUGAGAUGGAGAAGAAGGGUGUGCAGCCGGAUGUGAUUACUUUUAACGUGCUUUUAUAUUAUUUUUUCAAGAACGGAAGGUGUGAUGAUGGGGAGAACAUAUGGGGUAAAAUGUUGGAGAAAAAUGUGGAGCCUGAUAUUAGGAGUUAUAAUGCGAAGUUGCUCGGAUUUGCUGCCGAAAAGAGAAUGAAAGAGGCAGUUAACUUGGUUGAAGAAAUGAGGAGUAAAGGAGUUAAACUUGAUGUGUUUACUUUCAAUGAUAUGAUUAGAGGGUUCGUUAAUGAGGGAAAAUUGGAAGAAGCUAAAGAGUGGUUUAGUCAAAUAGGGAAAAAUGACUGUGCACCGGAUAAGCUGACAUUUUCGGUAUUGGUCCCAUUCGUUUGUGAGAAGGGUGAUUUGAGUUUUGCCAUUGAGCUGUUCAAGGAGAUUCUUGAUAGGAAAAAAAUGGUUGGUGCUGCAUUGUUGCAGCGAGUGGUGGAUGCCUUGGUUGAAGCCUCCAAGAUUGAAGAUGCAAAGGAACUCGUGAAACUUGCGGAAUCAAAUAGAUACUGUCGUUAUAAGCUGAAUAUGCCCGCAGAGUAGUGGCAGGUUUUACCAAUGCUAUUUUGUUUUAUCAUUUUAGUUAAUUGAAUCUGAACGAGUAUCUAAAAGCAAGUAG